AUGUAAUUUUUGUGUGUUGUCUACUACGCUCUCGCUGUGUCUACAAAUAAUUUCGUUCUCAUUCAACAACAUGUGAUUUUUUGUAUACGUGGAAUCAGUAUCAUGACAGCAUUUGAUGCAGAUGGACUGCCUGACGUGGUGCUUCUCCAGAUAUUCAGGCUCUUGAAGUUCUCUGAUCUAUGCAAAGUUGGGAGGGUUUGCCGCCGUUGGUAUGGUCUCUCACGGAGCCAGGCCCUGUGGACAUGCGUGGAUGCCAGCGCACCUGAAAUCAGCUCAGUGCAAAUGGACAGGCUGGCCUCAGUGCUGACAGACUCUGUUCGGUGGUUGUAUGUGUCAAGCUUCUUGCACUGUGGCCUCUUCCUGUCUCCGGGAGCUCUGCGUGACCUUCGAGCCCACUGCCCUUACUUGUCCACCCUUGUCAUCAAGAGUGCUCUUUUGACAACUCUCGAUGACUUUGCCCCUGUAACUGUGGGAGACCUCCCACCCACUCUCAAGACCCUUUCACUUCGCCACUCUUUUUUUCAAGUGGACCAGUUCUUCUCGCUUUUGGCCAUUCGUAACCUGAGCAUUCUCGACUUAAGCUUUUGCUGGUGUGUCUCAGACCAGGACAUUCCCUUUGUCACGCAGCUCCCAAACCUUCGUGAGCUCUACCUGGAAUACUGUGAGGACAUCCGGGAUACAGGUGUGGCAUUGGUUGUAAGCCGUGGCCAUAACUUGAAAACCUUGGCCCUUGACGGCACUAAGAUCACAGAUGAGGCAAUCCGCACAAUUGCCGAAAAUGCAUUUGCACUGGAAAGAUUGUUUGUUGGCAGCACAGCGGUUACUGAUAUCGGUGUUUUGCACCUCUCCAAAGGAAAGUGCUUUUCAUUACAGGAGCUUUGUCUCUUUAGCACAAGGGUUACUGUGCAGACAAUGAAGGUGCUGGUUGAUGUUUUCCCACAGCUGCAGUGGCUGAACUUGGAGAACACACUCAUUGAUAUUGGAGAUAGUCCCCUAAUUGCCAAGCAGGUGCCACCGGGCUGCACAGUUCUUGUGGAUGGAGUGCGCUUUCACCUGGGGGUUGGCUGCAACCAUUCUGUGGACCGGUUGCGACUACAAGAUUGAAGAGGCAGCAUGUCCUACCUGACUGCCAUGCCAACCUUUAAGUGUGCCUCGUGUGCUAGGUAGCUCAAAGAAGUAUAAUUGUUUGAGACAUUGAAGUGGGCUGGAGUGACACCAGUGUCCAUGACAAUUUGCCUGAAUCAACACUUUACAUGUGGCCCAUACACACUGAAAAGUGGGCUCAUUUAGAGUAAUAGUGCAAACUAUUGGUUUUAGCUGGUGUCGACUAUCCCAGUCAGCCAAGAGAGAGUUUGGGUCCCACAUCAAAGGGACCCUGAAAUGAUUUCUUAAUACCAGGGUGGAAAAAAAAAAAAAGGCCAUCUUGGCAACCAUCGCAUUGGCUGACAUUGACGCCAUGUAGCAAGCACAAAACGCUUUGGAAAAAGAAAAGAAAUGCUUCUGCCUCUAGUGUCAACAGACAAAAUGGAGUGCUGUUAUAACACACUUUCUGAUGAUAAUGUGCAUCUUGCUGUUGUCUCCGUGACCAAGGGAAGAAGUACAGCUGGAGUUUCAGAUUAGUCACUUCACUGAAGCGACAUGGAUAUGUCCUUGAGUUGAGGUGUUCAGUAUUAACUUUGGCACUUUGGUUGGAACACAAGCUGUAGAUAUUUGGUCUUCAGAGCUACGAGCAUGGUACUGUGUCAUUAUGUGUAAAAGCAACAUGAAGACAUUGUCGCCAAGGCCCCAUAACAAAUACUUCGAAUCCAGGAUUGUUUAAAUUGUACUUUUUAUACCUUAUGCUUGUGUAGCUUGAAAAAUAUUGUAUGCAUCUUGGCUGUAUCAGAUUACCAUUAACUGCAGCUCUAUUGCUUUGAAAGGCACUGAAACUCUGUUGGUGGAAUUGCAUUUGAAGUCCAGUGCAGCUACGCUUGAUAACUAACACCACAUGCACGGCUGCUGAGCACAAACUUGAACAUUUAGUGUGUGAUCAGCUGCCGAGGUUCAGAGUAGGAAGGAAAGAAAGCCAUUGUGUUUGUUACAUCGAAAUGUCUACUUAAGAUGCCUCAGCACUGUAGCUGAGGCGAAAUUUUUUAUUGCUUAGGAGGAGUGUGUGCAGGCCACAGUCAUUGACAAACAGUGAAUGUUGUGUUUUUUCAGAGGUGUUUUAUGUAUUUGCCUACCUCUGUAUGUUCUUGCCUCGCUUUUAUUUAUUCUUAUUUGUGUUUGCAUAUUACUUUGUGACUUUCAUGGCUUUUUCAUUUUUUCUUGUGCUGGAAUGCAUUUACAUUUAAAUGUAAUGUCACCUGUGCACAAGACAGGCAUAAGCUAAGAGCAAAGUUUAGCAAAGAAAGUAUAGAAUUUUAUUCACCAUUCAUUUUAUUUUUGUAAUAUCUUUAUCAUUAUAUUUUUGUAAGCAACUUUUUUCUGGUUAUAGCAUGUGCAUGCUCGACCUUCAGAAACUGACUCUUGAAAGGUGUAUGUCCCACCUCUUCUGUCCUUUUAGCUGUCAGCCUAAGUCAGAUUGAUUUUACUGUGUGUGGUGAGGGAGUGGAGGAGAUACCACAACAUUGUCCAUACAAAUACCAUUGCAUUGCUAUCUGUAUAUUUAUGUGUUACAUGCUGUGUAUGUGCAGUUUGAUAUUGCAUCGAUAUUGCAUCGACACAAACUUCACAAGUAGCUGGCAGGCCAGCACUAAACUGUCCAUAUGACAUAAAGCCUGUGUUUUACAAUUGGCAUUUUAUACAAGAAGCCACUGUUGAAAUUUCUUGUGAUGGAAAUUUGUGGCAAUGUUUUGUGUAACAGCUUGCUAAUCAUUUUUUUUCUGCCAUUUGUAGUGUGGUUGGUGGCUUCAAAGUUAACUGAUCUAUAAAUUUUGACUCAUAUCAUAGCUUUCAUUUUGCAGUGUUCAGAAUGCCAGUGUUGUAAUGUUGUUUAAAGGCAAAAAAUGAACUAGCAUCUUUUAGAGUUUGCUUAUUUAUACUACUCAUUGCAGGACCUCAUUGGAGUAGGACAUCCACCUGUGAGAAUAGGCUCACAGGCUUCAUUUGUCAAGACAGAGAUGUGUAGUAAAUGUUGCACACAGCAACAUAUUUUUAUUGUUUUUGUAUGCAGCUAUUGUAGCAGCUGCUGCUGCAUAAGUAAUGUUUUGGUCCUGUGUGUUCGUGUCCGUGUGGGAAGCUGACCAUGUGCGUUGUAGGCUUUGGCCCUUACACAUGCAAGCAUUUGUGUGUUUGUCCAUUUGAGAAGCCAUGUCUAUUUAUUAAUAAUUCACUACUUCCCCACUUGUGGUGUGAAAUGGUUGAGUGAUCAGAGUGCAAGGAAUCAAAGGGAUUGAGUGAUCAGAGUGCAAGGAAUCAAAGGGACGAUGCAGCAUGAAAUAUUUUAAUACGUGCCAGCCAUAAGGUAAUCUGCCUACAGUGUGGAGCACGGAGCAGAGACAGGGUGGAAGUAAAUGAAGUGUAAACCUGAUUGCCUUUUCAUUUCUGCCCUUCCCUGGCUUUGGAGGCCACAUUGCCGCCAUUUAUUUUUCAUAAUCAAGUUGUGCACUUUGCUGUAUUUCGAGCUAAAGGUCCAUUGAAAAAAAAAAAAAACAAAUUUUAAUCUAAGCCUUGAGCAAAACCAGAGCCAUGUGUGCUGUGUUGGAACAGCUACCGAGACUCGAGAAAGCCUGCUUGGUCUUCCACUGUUCAGCCAAGGACAUCUCGAAGAGUGCACCAUGUUUUGAGGGUGCAGUUUUUUGGCUGCGUUUAUACUUUGAUCAAGGUGUCGGCUGUUAAAAACCGAGGAGCAAUGUCUUUACCAAAGUCUAGGCAGACAUGUCUGUCUUAAUGUAGUUGUUAGCCUCAGCCAGGGUGCAGUGCACACCUUAACCCAUACUUUUUUUUUUUUUGAAACAUUUAACAAUAUGCAGUUUUAAAUGAAAAGCAUUGGCUGUAAGUGCACCAGCCACUCUUGCUGCAAACACUGUGCAAGAAAAUGUGGCACUUUUGUGGUGCACGGUACAAUAUGCAGUUAUCACUUAUUGCUUACCGCAAGUCAACGUCAAAGCUUGUAAUGUUGACAUCCCUUGUGCGGUUCCUUGGUUCUGUGUUGUACAGGGUAAGCCUAGCUCAUGUAGUUGUGUGUUACUUUUAUGCUUUUUUGAGCAUUGUAUAUAACACUAAGCAAAAGGAUUUCUGAUGUUCUGGUGACUAUGAACUUUGGUGAGGAGGCCCAAGUUUAUUGGUGCAGCCUAGAGAUUGCAGUGUGUGAUCAUUGCAGAGUAGCUUUGUAAUAUGAAUAAUGUCUUUAAUAUCAUACUAAGCACAUGUAAAACCAAACUGGUCAGAAUACUUUCCCUACGUAGAUCCAUUUGCUAGCCACAUUUUUACAAUGUCUAGAGGCUUUGUGGAGGAUGUACUGCUGAAAAACUCAUUUUAAGACUUUGGUAUCAUCAAAAUUUUGCCAAACUAUUAAUGAGAUUAGCAUUAUUAGCCUACUUUGGCCACUUUGUGUCUAUCUAUUCUAGCCUUUGUACCCCGUUUUUCAAUUUAAAAAAAAAUGUUUCAAAUUUUCCUAGUGCUGGGCAGAAUAAAACCCGCAUCACACAGAUUUCUUAAGCACCACAGCCCGAUGCUUAAGAGCCACGAAUGCCCGGGCUGAGCGAGGGAUUAAUUUUCAGCAUUAGCACCCACCGGCGUAGUUUCAGAGGCCAUGCAAAGACUUGGUGCGUGCUGCUAGAUGGUGCAUCGUGUCCCGAGGGAAGCGCGAGAGAAGAGCCCGGCUGCAGUACACGGUGUCUCGCUACAUUGCUUGAUGCUAAUUGCAUUAACGUCGACAGUCAUUGUAACAUGGGUGUUCUCUUUUUUCUCAUUCUGUAAUUAUGCAGUGGCAGUCAUAACUUGUAGCAUUUGUUGCAGAGGUGUGUGGUUGCCACUAAAGAAAUUGGGCAAAAGAAAACCUUAUGCCUAAUGUUUGUUUUUUGCAGUAAAUGUGCAAACAUAAGCUGACCUUCUAAAGCUACAUAAGUCUGCCGUGGUAGCUUUGUGGCUAUGGCAUUGCGCUGAUAAACUUGAGGUCACGGGGUCGGUUCCUGGUGGCUACUUUUUAAUGGGGGCGGAAUGCAAAAACGCUUGUGUACUUGAAUUUAAGUGCACAUUAAAGAACCCCAGGUGGUCAAAAUUAAUCUGGAGUCCCUCACUACGGCGUGCCUCAAAUCAGAUUAUGGUUUUGCCUUGUAAAACCCCCUAAUUUUUUUUUAUAAGCAUUGCAUUUUGUCAGCUGGGUGCAUAGCAUUUGCUGCUGCAGUAAAUUGCAAUUCUUGUCAUCAUUCGACCAUCUGCUAGUAGGCAUGGUUUGUCCCACUUCUGUUCAAGUCACAUGUAAGGUGUUGCCGUAAAACUUCGACAUUGCAGAAACCACGUAUUAGGGCAACAAGUCAAAUCAUCUUAUAUAUAUAGACAUUUCUUUGCCAGAAGAAAAGAUAAUAGUUUUUUUUUCACGAGGUUCAAUGAAAUGUAAUUGCAUGUUGGCAAUCGAUACCUAGAUUUGUGUUUCUUGUUAACAUUAUCAACAAAAGAAGUUGCUUCAUGUAAUGUAGCCUGGUCUUCAGUUAUAUAUUCAAGCCAAAAUUGUACUGUCAAAAUAAUGUCCUUGACUAAGGUGUUGCAGAAGAAUUGGGACUAUUUACAGUGUGUGCGAGUUUGGCAUAACUGAUGAUACCAUUUGGAAUAUUUAUUCAAAAGCAACGAAAGGACACCCUAUGUAGUGUAGAUGGUCUGGUAAUAAAGAAUAGUAGAUAUUUAAGCUUAUUUUAUAUAUACCCCUUAAAGAAAAACAUCUCUAGUUUUGGCUGAACUUGUGAAGCUGACAGUUGAAAAAUUGAUCUUGGGGAAAUCACCUUGAAAAGCAUCCAGGAUCUGUGAUACGUAAUGAAGUUCAAGUGAGAGUGUGUAAGCUUGCAGCUAGAGAGUCUAAAUAUCCUGUCCGAAUGUUUAGUAUUGGUCCCUGUUAUGAUAUCUGUAGUCCACAGCUACAAUAGAAUAGGGAUAAAGCUUUUGUGAAGUAGUCUGUGCACGUAAGUGAAAACUCAAAAGAGAUUGUUAUAAUGGUUUGUAUGCUUUGUCUAUGCAUUUCAAACCAUUCAGAAGCCAAUUAUGCAAUUGUGUGCCUUUCAACAACCUGCCGAAGGCAUAAGGAGUGUCGACAAAAAAAAUAAUGCUGUUGGAAUGCCCUGGCAAAGAGCGUUUGUAAAGUUGCAUUUGUAGUGGCAUAGCUUGGAAAAUUUUUAAAGUUUGACUGUGUAGUUUAUGUGGUAAGAAUGAAUGUUUGCUGAAACCGUUGUUUCUGCCAUUUCUGUUCACUUUUGCUUGAACUGGUUUGCAGCAGUUCUUUCCUCUUUUUUUUUUUUGCACAUUGGUGACAUUGAUCUGCUCAGCUUAUUUAGUUUCUUUAUGCAGAGUGCAUGCAUAGAUUGUAUAUGUACAUGUUAUCUCAUGCAUGUUAUUUGAGUAUACAUAUCGUGCUGGUGUUAACAUUUUAAAGACAUACUUGGAAUAGUGUUUGGAUACACUGGCACACUCAGCUCUUGUGGACGUGGUUCUCACUUGGUGCAAGUGUUGUACUGCAGAGCAUAGCACUUUGUGUGUCAGCAGUUUUUGUGAGAAACGAUGCGCAGUCUAGUUGGUUGUCUCACUAUGAAGUCUAGAAGAGCUGGAUUCACUAGUGUAUUGAUGAACAGAACAGUGAUGGCUGUAUUUCUUUUCUGCUGUCUAUGCUGGCACUGUUUCAUUGAGACUAUUGUUCUUGACAAGGUUUUCAGUGAGGUUUUAGUGAUCUGCCACCAUCUUUUACAUUGUGUUACAGUGGCAUGUCGCUAGCGGGCAGCUGUACGCAGACUUAGCCUUCUAAUGCCACUUUUACUGUGUGUUAAGUUCCUAAGAAAGCUUUUGUGGUACUGUGGACUAACUCUAGGAGGCACGCAACUUUUCUUUUAGAUUGGUGUUUAGUAAUUGGUUCAGGUCGCAAUAAUUGAUGUCUGUUAUGGAAGCACACACAGCCCUGUAUAGAUUAUUUCUGUCUGUUCAAGCAAAUGUUUGCAUUUCUGUGCUAGCUGACAUUGCUACUGUGCCAUCAGUUUAGUGUUUAGUGCCCUCGCUUCUUCACUAUACAACUUAGCUGUGAUACAUGUAUAUAUGACACCUACAAUAAAUGUGUAUGCAAACCAUA